CUAUCCGUGUAGAGUGAAGCAUUUGCAGAAUCCCACUCUCUCCCAAGCCAAAGUAAAAGCGGGAUAAAAGAAGCUAACCAACAAGCAAAAGCAACGCGAUUACAAAAUUUCAUUUUCACUGGCCGCCGAUGGUAAAUAUUGAGAAAGGAAGCCAUUAUUGCGCUAUGGAGACAACUGCACACCGACCUUUCGCAGCAGGCAGCCGUCAAGCUCCGGACCCGUAUGACCAGUUCCUUGAACGUGAAGGAUUCUACCGAAAGCACACAGCUCGCGAUUCCACUUGCUUGUUCCGGGUAGUUUCGGAGCAAGUGUUCGAUGUACAGCUGUAUCACGAUAAAGUCCGUGCGGAUUGCGUUAAGUUUAUGUACAAGAGGCGGGAUCAGUACGAGAAGAAAAUAAACGGCAACUACGACGAUUAUCUAGACGAAAUGAGCAAAUUCCGGUCAUAUGGAUCAUUCAUAGAGCUAAAUGCACUGGCGCAUGUAUAUCGACGAAAUGUACUACUAUUUGAACCAUAUAAUUGUGGCACAUGGUUCGUGAAGUGUAAUUCUUAUGAAGACACCUUGUUGGUAUUCUUUUCUCCUGACAAGCACUUCGACUCAAUUUUUCCUACGACGUUUAUUGAACAAGCUGCAUACUGUCAGGCUUUGGUAUACGAAGCGCUGUAUUCUCGUGUAUUUAAACUUCCCGAUGUUAUGUACUCUGUUGAACGCAUGCUACAUGAUCCCGAGGGUAGAUCUAUGCAAAUAUUCGAAGGUACAGAUGAAAAUGGAGAGAUUGUCGAUAAAAAGAUAUUAACUACAGAAGGACGGGAGUUCAUCCUCGACACGCCGGAGUCCACGGAAUGUGUAUUAGAUAACUAUCGGUUUUGUCACUUUCACAACAGAGAAAAUUUUGCGCACAUCGUCGAUGUGUACAGGAGCAAGCGGUCAGACAAAAUAAUUAAGGAAGUUCGAAGUAUCAAUGCCAACGGUUUACGGGGCCCUAUCUCACGAGAACUUGUCCUUAUGAAUCCUAUGUUAUGCGAAAGAAAAAUGUCAUGCGUGCGACAGCUUUUAAAGGAAGGCAUAACACCUUUUCCUUACAAAGUUGCAAAAGCAUUGGAUCCAAACAUAUAUCGGAACAUCGAGUUCGAUUCGUGGAGCGAUAUUCGCAGAGAACUGAAAUACAGGAACUGGUAUUUUAGUGGGAAUGGUUUACAGGUAGGCGCACGAUGUUUGGUUAAAUUGAACGAAUAUGACGAACGUUUGCUGCAUGGUUAUAUCCAAGACAUGAAACCUCAUAAUGGACCCUGCGUUGUGUACCUGGAAGAAUUCGCUGAAUGUCGUACAGUUUCAUACGAAAAAAUAAAACCAGUUACUACGGACGACUCCAAAUCUUGGACCUUCACGUCGCGAAAAUCAACGGAAGAUAAAGCUGCAAAGCGCAAAUUUCAGGCCAAAUUUAUUGAUAUAGCUAAAACAAAGCAGAUCGACGAUGAUUUUAAAGCCUACAUGACUUGCUGCGGGACAGACCAGUCGUGUUGUUACGCUUUUAACAAUUUCAAUGGAAUGCAUAACUUUCAUGUGCCUUCAAUAGAAAUGGUUGUCAUGCCAUUCUCAAUAGACAACAGCCAAAAAACAGCAAAUGAUGAUCUCAACAAAAGUGACAAAACUGAUACGCAAACGGAGGCUGAUAACACUGGUUGUUCAUCUGGUUUCUACGAUACCUAUUCAACGCCAAGCAUAUCCGGCAGCAAUCCAAUGAUCUGUUAUUCCUAUGCGGAUACAUUUCCAUAUGAUGCUGCCGCAACCACCUUUUAUCCCCAGCCGUAUCCCACACAACCUUGUGCUUAUGCUUCUAGUAUGCCGUGCCCAUUUUAUGGUCCGAUUAAUCCAGUUGCCGGUUUGACUUCCAGUUCAGCAUUAACUACGACCAGAUACAAUGAGGGAGUUCCAAAUUUCAAUGCUCCUCAGAGCAUUGUCCCGAAUGGAAGUGAUAUGCCGCUAAACGAUUUGGUGACUGUUAGAUAUUUUUACAAUCUUGGUAUUGAAUAUUUUCGUCAAAAUCAAUUUCGCAUGCUGCCGCCCCCCGUGCCGAUAUCCGUUGAAAUGGGACAUACGCCUUCUGGCAUCGAAGAGCCUUUAAACAGCGAAGAGAUUGAUGUAAAAGAUCUUGAAAAUGAUUUUGAAAGAAAAUUGAACGUUUCUUCAAGCAGUAACACACAAAGUAUAAACGAUUAUCCAGCCAGAUCUCGAGGAGCAACGUUUGGAACGAUACGGAAUGAAAAUUGCUCAAGCUCUCAGCGUAAGCAAAUAUAUAACUCAAAGCAUUUUAACAAAAAAACACAAGAGCAUAAAACAUCGCGCUCCAGAACGGCCACUUCGGAACAUUCAAAUUCAUCCAGAUUAUCACCCAUAUUAAGUAGUAAACAUUCAACUAAAAAAGUUAAUGUGGAUGACAACAGUUGUCAAGAUUCAAUGCAAACAUAUUCCUAUGGUCCGACGCAUCCUGCCAUCAACCCAUAUCCAGUUGGAGUACCACUAUAUGCAUUCGAUUCCGUCAACAUAGAUCCUAUGAUGACGCCUCAAGGGACUUGCUACGUACCGACUUACGUAGUGCAUCCUUACGCAACUCUCAUGACGCCAUCAUCAGCAACUGGGAUUGUAGCACAACCCCACAACCCGGAAAUGGUAAUGCAUGAAAAUUUACCAGCUAGUCCCGAAGAUACAGUCCCUGAAGGUCAAAGUGCCCAGUACGGCACGCUUUAUUCACCUAUGAUAUUUGGACAACCACAAACUCCUCAGGGUUAUGCCAUUUGGGGAUACUCGCGCCCACCACCACCCACAUACAGCGGCGUCAAUAGCAACAAUGAAGAUAAAAAUGAUUCUGGUAAUGUAACACAAUAGGUAGUUUGGUUCGAUAUAUUUUAAUACCGCAUUAAAAGGUUUUUAGAAAAUAUUCUUUCAAUAUCAUUAGAACAUUUAUUGUAGGUGUAAGUAAGAGUACAUGUGCAGGGUCAGCAUACAUUUUUAAUAUUUGUACUUAUUCAUAAAUAGUUUUCAAUUCAGUUUCCUGUAUAUCUAAAUUUCAAUUAUUUUAAAAUCCUUAGAGUAUAGAUGGUGAUGAAAGAGAAAAUAAAGUGAAUUAUAUUAUAUAGAAAA